AGCACGCCGAGUCACCACAGCAGUGAAAAGCCGAAACGAUUAUGCAUCCUCCGGCCCUUCCUUUCUAAUCGCUCAUGUCACUACUUGUCCAUUUUAGUAAGUAACCGAUCCGGCUCUCUUGCUGUUCCUCCCAUCCGGUGUCCCUUUAUAUAACACCCCAUUCAAUCCAACAUGAAUCCCCCAAAGCUGUCUCCGCUUCAGGCUCUCUCUGCCAUCAUCAUAUCCACAAGACAGUCAUGGUCCUCUCCACUUCCAUCCACAAGGCGAGCCUCGUAGACCCUGCUCUACAUUCACCUGCUCUCUUGGAGCUCAUCGAAAUAAAGCUUUCACGACCUGUUAUCGAAUAUGUCGUUGAUUGUGUAGUAGACACUGUUGACUACGCCAUGGGUCGUCCAUCAUCAUCAUCUCGUCGUGGCCGCAGCAUGUCUCGCCGCCCAGAGCACACCAAAUUCACUACAUUCGUCUCGAAUGUUCUCACCCGAGCAGAAGUCACCCUUCCUACACUUCUCGUCUCGUUGGUUUACAUCAAUCGCGCCAAACCCCACUUGCAAAUCGCCCUGGAGGAGUGGGCGUGCGAGCGCGUCUUUCUCGGCGCCGUAAUGGUUGCCAGCAAGUUUUCAAAUGACUCCACACUUAAAAAUGUUCACUGGGCGCUAUGCACUGGCGUGUUCGGCAAACGUGAUGUUGGUCGAAUCGAACGAGAAUUCCUCGACGUUCUUGAUUUUGAUCUGUCCGUGACCGAAGAUGAUAUUCUGAGCCACCACGAUGGCUUGUCUUCAGUCGCUCUUCCUUCGCACGACUUUCGCAGACUCGCAGACUAUACACCAUCCCACGCACAUUCACAUUCGCAAUACCAGCGUUCACACCAAGCUCAUUGCCCAGAUUUGGAUCCAUCUAGCCCUCACUCUUCAUCAUCUGGGAGUUCGCCUCAGCCACUCACUCCCGAGGCUGUGGAAAACCCUUCAUUCAAUCCUGCCGUCAAGUCACAUCGCGAUUCGAUGGAACUCGUAAUUCCACCCCCACCACCGCCGAAGAAGUCGCUACAUCCUUCAUCCACACUUGACUUGCUACGCGCAUUCCCUCUGCCUGUACCUCAUUCGAAUUCACGUUCUCAGCUUCCUAAUUCCCACAAGCCGCACAAUCGUUAUUCGCAUUUCCCUUUCAAGAAUCCAGUGAUGCAAGUCGCUGCGUAGAUAACUUUUGUUUCUCCCAACACAAACGUCAUCCCUUGCUCAAUCGUUUUCGUAACCUUAUUAUGUGGUGUCGCUAUAUUUUUAAGACUUAUUCCACAUCUGCCUCGUGCUCAAAAGCUUAUCGUCGCAUAUCCUACUAUCGUCAAAUACUAUGAUCAAUCAUUGAUUUUAUCUCACUCCCAAGCACAUGUUCGACCGGGCCUGACACGUCCGCUGACUCCACUGCACGUAUCAA